AUGUCAAAUUUAAACCCUGAUACCGUAUUGUUAACAGAUCCAAAUGUUGAUAAUGCAUGGAAAACUUGUGUUCUUCAAGGUGUUUAUUUUGGUGAAAAUGAAUAUAAUGGUCAAUUAGGUGCAAGAAUUUCUUCAAUAUUUGUUAUAUUAUUUGUAUCAACAGGAUUUACUAUAUUCCCAUUAUUAGCAAGAAGUUUUAAAAAAUUAAAAUUACCUUUAUAUUUUUAUAUAUUUGCAAGAUAUUUUGGUUCUGGAGUUAUUUUAGCAACUGCAUUCAUUCAUUUAAUGGAUCCUGCUUAUCUUGAAAUUGGUGGUCAAUCAUGUGUUGGAUCUAAUGGUAAUUGGUCUGCAUUCCCUUGGUGUGCAACAAUUAUAAUGACUAGUGUCUUUGUUAUAUUUUUAAUUGAUGUUAUUUCUGAUGUUUAUGUUGAAAGAAAAUAUGGUCAAUCAACUCAUGUGGGGAAUAAAGAAAUUAUGGAUGCAGUUGUUAGAAAUGAUGAAAAAGAUCAAUUAAUUCAAGUUAAUAGUGAUACUGAAAGAAAUAAUGACGAUGUGAAAAAAAGUUUUGAUAAUUCAACUGAUGAAUCAAGUAUUUUCAAAGAAAGAAGUUUUAAGAGUCAAAUUGCUGCAUUUUUAGUUUUAGAAUUUGGAAUUAUUUUCCAUUCUGUUAUGAUUGGAUUAAAUUUAGGUGCAGUUGGUGAAGAAUUUAAAACUUUAUAUAUUGUUUAA